UGAACAUUUAUCGAAUUAAUGAAUAAGAUAUUCAUCCUUCCUUUUUAUUGUUAAAAGCUCAGUUUAAAGUGAAUAAUGGUAUCAAGAUUAGUUCUUUUAUGUUUCUCUGUGCAUUCCGUGGUUUCUAUGUACGAAGGAGAUACGUGCACAAAGGAGGAUGGAACGGAUACAGGGAUAUGUACCAUCUUGAUCAAUUGUUCGACUGCCCUGGACGAUCUUAAUAACGGCGAGAUACAACCUCAGAUCUGCAGUUUUCCACCUAGCAAUAUAGAACCCAUCGUAUGCUGCUUUAACAAGUCUAGCAAUGUUGAAAGUACAACCCAACCUGCUCCAACUCCAGCAUCACGCUUACUCAUUGAGGAGCCACAUUGCGGGCCAGUAAAGUCAUCACUGACCUCCCCAAAAACUGGACGAGUAGCAUUUGACAAAUGUGUAGAUUACCAAGAGAAGUAUGUGUAUUCUUGUGGACGGGCAUAUUCCAUCGCUGGUGGCUUUGACAGACGCAAUAAUUGUCACCAUAAAACAGACCAGUUGGUGGUUGGAGGUACGAAUGCUGACGAGCACGAAUUUCCCCACAUGGCGCUGAUCGGAUUUGGAGAGAUAUCCAGCCGCGAUUUCCAAUGUGGCGGCUCCAUCAUCAGCGAGAAAUUCGUCUUGACAGCGGCUCAUUGUUCAUUUUCAACAAUGUCCGGGCCAGCCACUUAUAUAGCAAUAGGAGUGCUUCAGAAACAUGAGGCGAAAGACCAGUCGAAGAUUUACUUGAUCAAGCGAUUUAUAAACCACCCUCACUACAGAUCCCCAUCGAGAUACAACGACAUCGCUUUGAUUGAGACCGAUCGAGAGAUGGAAUUGAGCCAGUACAUCGUGCCUGCUUGUCUUCCCACAGAGCCGGUAGAGGAUGCUCAAGCUAUAGUAACAGGAUGGGGUCCAAUUCACUACAAUACUGAUGUAUCCGAUAUUCUUCAAAAGGCAACUCUGUAUAAAACUCCUGUUGAUGAAUGCCGUAGACUGUACAGGAGUCAUCGUCUAUUUACAAGAGGUUUUGACAGCGAAACACAGACGUGCUACGGAGAUAGGGACAUGCCUCUUCGCUACCAGGACAGAUAUGAAAGCAAAGACACUUGCCCACUACUCUUCGGAAACCUCUCGUAUAUCAAUGACGUCGACGGAAGCGGCACUGGCGAUCGCAUCAGAGGGGGACAGCGCUGCGCUGGUAGCAACAUGUACGACAGUGGCGUGCAGUCCAUAUAG